AUGCACUUAAUGUGUACACUUCCCAAGUUUGGAGUUUCCAGGUCAUACUUUGCAUUACAUCUGUUACACCACAUCUGUUUUGGCUCCAGCAUUUACGGUUUACAAUUGUGGUGGCUCUUCAGAUGCCAGUGUUUGCUCCUGACAUUUCCUAAUGCCAGUCCAUAUGGCUGUUGUCAUAUUCCAACAAUGUGCCUGUUGGUGCAGGUGGCAACCCAGAGUCGACAAAUCCAGCUUUGGGAGCUUGAGGAUGACUUGACCCAGCCCCAGCCAGCCAGCCCUUCCAUCAUAUACAAAGCGCCUGGUGGGGAGGAAUGUCAGCGGUUCAUCAUUCGGACUUGCUUUGGAGGCACAGACGAAGCCUUUGUGCUCAGCGGCUCAGAGGAAUGCACGGUCUACGUGUGGCACCGGCGCUCAGGGGAGCUGCUUGCGGAGCUGGAGGGCCACUCAGGAACAGUGAAUGCCGUCCACUGGAACCCAACAGAUCCCUACAUCCUGGCAUCAGCCAGCGACGACAAGUCCGUGCACAUCUGGGGGGUGUCUGAUGAUGUGGUCAACGGGCAGGCACCGCGAUGUUGA